AUGUUCUCGUCCUAUCUACCUUACCAGAUCGAGUACACGGAAUGGAAGGUCAGCUCUGACGUUGUGCAGAACUGGAACGCUAUUGAUUUUGAUGAUUCUGCUUGGCGAACAACGAAGGCCAGUGAGAUUGGAACAAAUGAAAAAGUGACGUUGUACAUCCGUAAGGAGGUGAAUAUUCCUGAUAUCGAAACUUAUCAUGCGUUGAAUGUUCGCAUGAAGUACGCUGGUGGAGUCGCUGCCUAUUUCAAUGGCCGACUUGUGGCUCGUUUCAAUCUGGAGGAGUACUUCGAUGAGAACUCGUUGUCUCUGACGCUCCAUGAUGCCAACACCUUCUCUCGAUUCCAUGUCCUUAUGUCAGUAGUUCAGGCGGUGACUGGAAAGAACAUUAUGGCAUUCGAGGUCCACCAGCCCGUUGGUCAGUCCUCUUCGAAUCCUGUAGUAUUCGAUGCUACGGGUGUGUUUGGAGUGAACGAGUGCUCUGUUCUCGUAGAUUCCGUCGUCGAAACAUCGACAUCGGGUGUGAAUGGAGCGGUUGAGUUGGCGAUGAUCGCACUGGAUCCUUCAAAUAGCGGAUAUCUCGAUAAUGUCGUCGGAAGCUUCUACACAUGGACAGUGGAGAAUCUGGAGGGAUCUCGGUUCAACAGUUUCGCUAUGCAAAUUCCUUACGGUCGCACUGGACUUGGAUUCUCGCUCUACGUCCGAAACGAUAAUACUGAAGAUUAUACUUCAUCUCUGGAGCAGCUUGAUCAGUCCUUGGCUGAGAAAUCGCGCAACAGAUGGGCGGUGCCUGUGGGUGUUGCUGGAUUCAGAGAGCUCCGCUACAUGGUAGAUGCAGCUGCCUCGGGUACUGUGUAUAUCAGUUCGUUCGUACUCGAGUACUGCAAGCCUUCUGGAAGUGGUAUUUGCCCCGGAAUUGAUGAGUAUCCUGCUGUGGGAGAGGGAGAGAUUUCACCUGCGGGCUGUGAAAUGUACUACUCUGGGUAUUCUUACCGAGUUUGCACGAACGGCCAGCUGGGAGAAAUCCAGAUGGAUAAGUGCAAGCAAAAGUUGCCCAAGAACUUGGCCUACAGCUACUACAUGUUCACCUUUGUGGUAGGAACGAACGUGAAGACGGAGCCUCCAACAUAUGACAACAUCAUUGAGCGAUUCUAUCUGGGUGAGGGUCAGGAGCUUCCAGUUGGGUUGACUCUGGAUGAGAAGACUGGCGUGAUUUCCGGUAUUCCCACGGAGGCAAAGAUAAUGCUUGGAUAUACAAUCUACGGAGAGAACCAGUCUGGAGUCACGUCUAUUACGAUUAACAUCGGUGUGAAUAUCGGAAAAUGCCCUCCUGUUGACAAAUUCCCCGAAACUAUUGUGGGUGAAACUGCGGUCUAUGAGUGCUCGAAUGAUGGUUCAUACAUUGGCUCUCUGAAGAAGACUUGUAUGCUGGGAGAAAAGGACGGAGAGUGGGCUGCUACGAAGGGAUUCUGCAUGAAGACAUAUGUGCUUUACAUCAUCAUAGGUGUCGUUGUUGUCAUCUUUGUGAUCGUGAUCAUAAUUGUGGUCACGAAGAAGAAGUCGAAUGCUACACCUCCAAUGAAAUCUACUGGUAGCGUCAAGCCUACUACAUCGAAGAAGUCGUUAUCUAAGAAGAGUAGUGCGAAGACGACCGCUGUCAAGGUAUAAGUAGCUAAUUGAAUAGCGCUGUACAUGAAACUAGAGUAUUCUUGUUGU